AUGAAAGCUACACAGGAGAAGGCCCAGGAGCAGAAGAUCAGACCUGAAAUUCUUGAAGACUUUGGUCCCUGGAUGUUGGCGACAAGGGCCAAAAGAAGACCAAGGCAGCAGGGCAGCCAAAAGACCAACAGCCAAGAGAAGAAGAGGGAAGAGCCAGGGGAACAAGGAUCCCGGUUUAGUGUCUUGGAUGGGGCUGAGGAGAUGGAUGCUGAUGAAGACGCUGGUAAAGCAACCAAUGAGCAAGGAAGAUUACAGUCCAAUUUGGAGGCAACCAACUCAGCAAGCCUCCCUGAGAGAAAAUCCACCGAGAAAAUUAGGAAGGAAACAAGUGAAGUAUCAAAUGUGAAAGAGAGUAAGGGAAAGAAGGAGUUGACGACUAGAGAAGGUAACAAAGAGAAGAUGGAGAAGGCUGGUACACCCACCCCACCCCAUAGUAGCAGGACUGGUAAUACACCCAAGCAAGCAAAAAGCAGUGGAGACUACGCUGCCAAAGACACCCCCAAGAGUGCUCUGGGCACCAAAUUAUCAAAGGAGGCUAAGCAAGCACCCCAACACAAGCAGGGUAAGCCAAAGAGUGGAGUGACCACACAUCUCACUGGCUCACCUGGAUGUGGAAAUGACAAGGGGCAAGCCUCAGGAGCUAGAGCAGGACAUCAACCAAAGAUGAAAGCUGUAGCUCCCUGCAAUGAUAGUAAGGAAAAAGCAAAGAAGAAAGACUGCAUCAGGAAAACAUCAGCUGGAACCUCCCCUGGACCUACUGUGAAGCAGAUUUCCUGGAAACCACCUAGGGAGGGCUGGACUCAGGUUCAAACGGAUGGAUCAGUGUACACAUCCACUGGUGUAGCUGCUGCUGGGGGUCUUCUGCGUGAUCAUCUUGGAGGCUGCAGCAAGGCUUUUGUUUGUAACCUGGGAAGAUGCUCGCUUACUAGUGCUGAACUCAAAGCUGCUGCGAUUAGACUCAAGAUUGCGUGGGAAGAGGGUCACAGGAAAGUGGAACUAAACCUGGACUCCAAAACUGCCAUUUCCAUUAUUCUUGGCUCGGAGGAUGAUGAUCAUAGACAUGGAUUGCUUGCUGCAUCCAUUAGGGUCCUUUUGAACCUCGACUGGGAGGUUAAAAUUUCUCAUGUUUUUAGAGAAAUGAAUGUUGCGGCGGACUACCUUGCUAAUGUUGGUCACCGCUUUACUUUUGCUCCACUCUUCCGCCUCCAGGGGCGGCGGCCGAUGGCUCCCUUUGAGUGA